CCUCUGUACUUCUUACGAGCGAGUUGUAGCAAAAAAGUACAAUUAUACCAAUUUUACCAAACCUGAUUGGCAAUCCUAUACGAAUACGAAGCACAAGGCAAAACUAACAAAACAGCUGUCUGGUACAAAAACAACGUAGAAAGAAAACAAUGACUCAAUCGAAAAACAAUCAACAAAUUGUUUAAUUAAAUAUUAGUUUACAGCUCAAAAAUUUAUUUAUUUGUUUAAAAAAAGAAGCAAAAUGGGAAAUUUAUGUACAUCUUGUUGUGGCAGUUCCUCAGAAGAAACUAAUUUAAUGCCCUCACCGGAAACCCGCAGGAAACAAUUGUUGGAAGCGGCUGAAAAAAGACGUCAAGAAAAUGAACAAAGGGGCAUUAAAGAUCCCGAGAAGGUGAAAAGACAACAACGUCUCCAAGAAGAAAGAGAAAAACGUGAGGAAGAAGCCGCACGUAUGGGAGGACAGCCCACCUUAAAGUGGCAGCAAGAUUAAACCACCACCACCACCAAUAUGUAUUCUUAACUUUUUUUCUAUAAUAUUCAAGUCUGAGGAAAAACGCAUCUAAAUAUACAUUGUUUGUCAAAUUGACCACGAAAAUAUACUUAACAACAUUUCCUUAUGGUUAAAUGGGGUCAAUACUAUUAAAAUAUAUUAACAAAAAUAUGUACUAAAGACAUUUAUCUACACUUGUAUACUAAAAUUAAGUCUAUAUAAUACGUAUAUACUGCACUUUACUUUAUUAAUUUUGUUAACAUACAUUUUUUUGUUUUCUUUGUUGUUUAAUUUUGGAAGCCAUAAAAAUGUUACUUUCAUAGGUUAAUGUUAUUUUGAAAAAAGCUUAAUACCAAAUUUUUUAAUUAUUUUCUGCUAUAUAUUUAUAUUGUAUUUAAUACCAAAAUUUAUUGCCAAAAAAUAUAAAUUGUUUUAUUUAAUUAGACCUUCUUAGCCUAGUCUACUGCUUUAAAGGAAGCAUUUUUUGACUAACUAUUAAGAACUGUGAUCUUUUCGAUGAAUUAUUCAUUAAAGAGAGAUAAGUAGUGAUCUUAUUAUCUGGAGUGAUCUUAAUAUGAGUUUUCCGCCUUUUGUUUGGACGUUUUAAUUUUUUCAUAGAGGCCAAUGUUUUCCAAGACUUGUUUCCAGAUAAGAUCAGUACAAUAUUUUUAUAUAUUUUGUUACGGUUAUUUCCAAAAUUUAUUCUUCAUUAAACAAUUCUCAAACUUGUCGAAAAUCCUUAAAAUAUGAUUUAUUACACAAACAUAACCUAUAAAUUGUGUUUUUAAUAUAUAUUUUAACAAAUAACAAAAUUAUACAUAUACAGUACUAAUUUUUCUAUUAAAUAAUCAUCUCAUCUCUUUGUAACCACAAAUCUCUUUAUCCUGUUCAUCCGUUACUAAAUGAGCUUCCGACAAUAAACCAGCAUCAUACAUUUUCGAAGAUAAUUUCAAUUUCUGUUGUUUUUGUCUAAAACCUAGUUUAGCGUUAUCUUUAAUAAAUUUCACUGCAAUAGCAUCAUCCACUACAGACAUUUGUAAACUUUUACCCCAGGCCAAAAGAGCCAAGGGACGUUGAGGUGUUAACUGCUGAGAGGGUGUAAUGAUAUGACGAUAUAAACAACCUUUUAAAGUAUUUUGUAGCUGAUCAAUUUGACCGGCAAAGGCACAAGGGUGAUAGAGUAAAA